AAUAAUCUUUAAAUUUUGUAUAACUUUACUGAACUCGAAAUGAAUUACCUACAUAAAAUACUGACCACGCUGGGGACAAUGUUUGAGCCGCAAUAUUGCGAGCCACCUGAAACCGUUAAGCGAGAGACUUUGCCUUACUACGAAUACUACUUGGGUGAGAAGGAUGAGCAGGACAGGAGACAUGGUGUUGGACAGAACUGCUGGACCGGUGCUGAGUCAAUCGAAUGGCAUUGCGGCCGUUUCCUCCGCGGCACGAUGCACGGACCCGGGGAAUACCGCUGCCGGUUUAAAGACAUACCGGGGUUAUUCCUUACCUACGAGGGAAGAUUGUACGUCAACCACAUGCACGGAUACGGGGUCAUGUCGUACCCGGACGGAAAAGUUUUCACUGGUUUAUUCAACAACGACGUCCGUUACGGCCCCGGCGUCGAGUCCUGCGCGGACGCCACUGCCAACGUUGGCCUCUGGCGCAGCACGAAGUUAGUCCGCCUAGCGUGGAGGCCGCUGCCCCCCGUGGCCCCUGAUCUCGCAGCCUGGCCGGGAGGCCGAGCGAUCGUGGACCCUCAUCGGAUUGUGAUGCAGACUGCUUUUAGAACUAUUGACAAAGUGAAGAAAGCCGUGGAAUUCUUAAAACAACACGGCUCGGACCCAGUGACCGCAACUAGAAACUGGGCUCGACUGUACCCUAAACAUUGUACGGACGUCGAGAGUCGACUGUGCCAUGUCGAGCUUUUUGACUACGAGUAUUAUGACGGGAAGGUGUAUUCGCUGAAGGAAUACGACAGUGCUCAAAAUGAUGAGGACCUUGAAAACGAAAGCCAGAACAGUUUGGAAUAUUCAGGCUCAUACUACGCCUGGAACAACGAUCCAGUGACCAUAGACAUGAUGAAACAUUGCUUCAAACAUGAGAAACAGAGAAACGAGGUGCUUAUCGACUUGGUGGCUGCGCUGAGUGGACCAAGGAGUCUAUUCAAGCCUCCGGCUAUGCAUGAAAUGGAUAGCAGGACUCUGCUGAUGGCCUGUUAUUUGGGCCACGUGGCCACAACAACCUACCUCAUCAACGAGCACGGAGUGGAUCCGAAUGUGACUGAUAUGCUGGGGAAUUCUGCUAUCAUGUAUGCUUCUUGCGGAGACCAGGUCGCCCUCAUAACCUUCCUGGCGGAGGGGGGUGCGAGAGUGAACAGUGCCAACGACUCAUGCUGCACUCCUCUGGGCGUGGCCCUGGUCCGACUCCUGUGUGCCAGCAGAGACGUCCCCAGCGAAGGGAUGAUGCAAGCCUUCGUACCGCCAACGACUGCUCCUGCUAGUAAGUCGCAAAAACAAAGUAGUUCAAAUAAUUCACAAUUACAUAUUUCAGCCCACGAACCAACAACAAUAUUAGAUUGGAAUAUAACCAGGGAGACACAAGCAGAGCCUACGAAAAACUCAUUAGGAAAGGUAUCGAGUAAAAUAACCAAGACGAACAUGAAGAACAAAUCACUAACAUCUGUUAAAGAUAUCCCAGCUCCUAGUAAUAGAAACAUAGACACAUUAAACACAAUAGAUGAAGAUGAUCCUGAAAGUAAAUUGUAUAGAGAUGUAAAUAUUGAAUAUAUAAUCAAAGUAACAGAUACACUUGAACCAGUGGCUAAACCAGUAACAUAUCUAUUUGAGUUCAAUAAUAUGGUUGAUGAAAUUAAUAGAGAGAAACCAAAAUUGGCACAGCCAGAGAAAAAGGAUCCGAAAGCAAAGGCAUCCCAUGUUCUGAAGGAACCAACUAAGCCGAGUAAAGAAGCGAUUUGGCAGACUUCUCAAAAAGACGAGGAUGCAUCUAUGCUGUCCAGCGCCGAACUCCGUAAAGCAGAAAUACGAAGUCGAAUCAAGUUGACAAUUUUCACACUUCUCGAAAGCGGAGCGAAGCCAAGCCUGGUGCGAUGUCCGCAACCGGCGCUCGUCAUGGCGAUCCUGUCCGGGUCCCCGGAUUUGGUAGAUGGUUUGAUACACUACGGUGCUGAUGUUAAUGAGGUUUAUCCUCAGCAUUUAAACUACAUGCCAUUAGACAUAGCAGUGUCCCUGCCGCUAAACCAAACGACGCUGGACCUGGUCCAAACAUUGCUGAUGGGCGGCGCAAGCGCUGUCCAUCGGCUGAGCAUUCCGCAGGAAGAGGCAGGGCAGGUAGACCUGGGGCAGGGGCCGACGUUGCUCCAUUAUGUUUUGGCGAGGACAGUGGAAAGCGAAGUCGAGGAGUAUAUCCGAAGACAAAUCAUUCAUCUCUUGGUCGAAUACGACUGCGACCCCUUAGAGCGAUACAACGGACGUUCAGCUCUCGCCGAAGCGACUACGAGCCAGGAUUUGCUGGACGUCAUCAUCAAGAAUCCAAAAACUAACUUGAACGCUGCCAUUGACGAUUCUAACCAGACUAUUCUGGUAAAGAUGUUCUAUAUGCCGUACUUCAAGACACUGGGUAAUGUGGAGCGGAGUCAAACGCUAACAAACCUUUUAUUGUUUGGUGCCGAUCCGUUGAUUGAGUGUGAAUGUGAAGGCGUCACGUAUCAGAAUCUAUUCGUGAUGGUAAAACAGACGUUGUUUGUGAUGAGUCCACCUAAAUCUCUUGGUGGGAGUGGUGGGUCUAAGUCAAAAUCGACCAGCCCACCCAAAAAGCUGGAAGCAAAACCAAGCUUGGCAAAGGGUAAAAAACCUGAACCGAAAAAAGUAGACGCCUUACUGUCCGAUGAUAUAGCGAACCUCAAACAAGCGGUAGACCUGAUGACGGAAUGCUCAAGGAUGAUUUAUAUCAGGUGGCUACAGACGCAGCUGUCUAAAGAAAUCAUCCAGGUUAUUGACAGAUACAAGCACCGACAUUGGAGCAUGAUUAUCAAAGAAUGUAAAAACAAAAAAGCAGCCGGUCUUUGGAUUACAGCUCAACGUUGUUACGAAAUAUGGGGCCGUCUUAAGACCACUAAAAAGAAAGUUUACCAAGACAGAGUCGUUCUAUGGAAUCUGCUUUGCAUUGCCCACUUCUUCCAUCUAAGAUCGGUGACGGAAUAUGGUUUUGACAAAGUGACAGCCGCAGAAAAACAUGAGUCUGAGUCAUAUGCGAAUGAUAUCUUAAAAGAGAAUAAGAAGAGUCCAAUAGUGCCAAUGCAGCGAUAUGUUCAGCCAGAGCUCUUUGUAAACGCGGAUGCCAAAUUCGAGGUGUGCUUUGAGUGCUUCUUGCCCCUCGUCGUGGACCCGAUCCUGUGCGCCUCCUGUCAAUUUGUCUCGUUUUGCAAUAUGAACUGUUUAAAAGAAAGCAUUGAGAAGAGCAACGGUCACGCCUGCAAUGAUUAUCUGAUUCUUAAGUACUUCCCGGAACCACUGGAAUCCAUUUAUGACGACGAACCUGUACAAAACGCACCGUCAGUAAUAAAAUAAAGAUUAAUU